AUGUCUUUCUUAUCAAUCAAAGAACUAUUUUUUACACCCUCUUCUUUUCUCAUUCUUUCAUUCCAGAUAUUUUCACCAACACUCAAUCUUUUUUGUUCUCUCUCUCUCUCAAGAAUUUUCUCUUUAUUAAUUACUUUCUUUUUACAAAUUUCUAUCAUGUAUUUUUCUUUUCUUGUUUUCUUUCCUUUUUUUCCAUUCUUCAGUUCUGUUUUUCUUUCUUUCUCUUCUUCCGCUUCUUUCUAUAAUAGCUUUUUAUUCCUUCACUUUUUAUUCUUUCUCUAUCCCACUUCCCACCAUCCUACUCUCCUUCAUUUUAUUUUUCUCUAUCCCUAUCUUUUUUUCUCACUCCUUCCUAUAUUUUUCCUCCAUCUUCUCUCUUUCCUUAAUUUCCCUUUUUGCUUCACUCUUUCUUACUAUCACUUCUCUUUAUUUCAUUUUUUCUCUCUAUCAUUUCUCUUUUUCCCAAUCUCUUUUAUCCUAUCAUCUUUCUUUCUUUCUUUAAAUUUAGUUUGUCUUUUUAUCAUCUUUUUCUCUCUCAAUGCCUCUUUUCUAUCUUAUGAUCUUUUCUCUUUCUUCAAUUCCAUCUUUCUUUUUCUCCUCUUUCUUCACGCCUCAUCCCUCCUUCCUUUAUUCCAUUUUUCUCUCUCUUCCUUUUUACCCUCUUUUUUUCUCCCGCUGUCUUAUCUCCUUCCUUACUUUAUUUUCUUUGUUCUAUCUCUUUCUUUUCUUAAUCUUCACCCUUUCCUUAAUUUCAGUUUUUUUUUUUUAACUUUCUUUCUUGUUUCCACCUUUCUCUUUUUUUCCCCAUCCUCAUCAACCAGUGAAGAGGCGUGUUCUUUUUUCAAAGCAAAAAGAGAAAAAUACUUUUCUUUUAUCUAUAUUUAG